GUUUUGUUGGAUAUGCAGGACUUGUUUUCAGGAGGAUCUACAACUUCAGCAUCAACAAUGGAAUGGGCUUUCUCAGAACUAAUGAAAAAUCCAGAAAUGAUGAAGAAAGCACAGGAUGAAGUAAGAAGGGUAUUUAAAGGAAAGGAAACCACAAUCGAUCUAACCGAUAUUCAGAAGCUCAAAUACAUAAAAAUGAUUGUUAAGGAGACUUUAAGGUUUCACCCUUUAGCUCCAUUAUUAGCUCCAAGAGAAUCCAGAGAAGAGUGUGAGAUUAAUGGCUAUGUUAUACCUAAAGGCACAAUGGCUCUUGUCAACUUUUGGGCAAUUUCAAGGGAUCCAAACUAUUGGCGAAAUCCUGAAAUAUUUGAUCCAGAGAGAUUUAAUGAUAGUCACCUUGAUUUUAUUGGAGCACAUUUCGAGUUUACGCCUUUUGGCACAGGAAGGAGAAUGUGUCCAGGGUUAUCAUUUUCAAUGGCAACUGUUGAACUUAGUAUGGCACUAUUACUAUACCAUUUUGAUUGGAAACUUCCAAAUAGAAUGAACCCUCAUGAACUAGACAUGACUGAGAAAUUUGGCAGUACUCUUGAAAGGAAAAACAACUUGUUCUUGAUUCCUUCGCUCUAUGUUCGUGCCUAAUGCAAGCCCUAUAUCUAUAUAUACUUCUACUUAUAAGAAUAAAGUUGUAUCAAGAUUCCAUUUUGUCUUCCCUAUUAUAAUGUAAAAGAUACACAUUUCUAUCGUCUUAGUAUAUGCUACAAGAGUCUAAUAUCUUCUUAAUUUUCUUUUAUUUCAAAGUUUGAUUGAUUCACUAUUUAUUGUCCUUGAGUUUAUUUUGUCAUGAACUAACUAGAAGAUUGAUAAAACUCGAACUCUUUAAAAAUGCAAUACGGUUUCUGUCAAAUCCUCCAAAAGUAAUACAGACUUCAGGGCCCGAGCAACAUAGGAUAAAAAUGUUAACAAAAAAAUGAAAGCAACAACACACACCUAGUCCAUAACAAAAAAGGGAUUCUAUCAUAGAUUUUUCAAACAAGACAUAACCAUUUUUGUGCAAAACAUCAACUAAAGGCUAAAAACAGAACAAACAAUCAACAAGACACAAGAAAGACAACACAAAACAUAAGCAAGUCCUUCAGCUGAGCCACUUGAUUAUACUCAACAAUGGUGCUUCCUCCACUGCAAAAGAAGCCGAUACGCUGGACCAUAACAUUGAAUUUGAGAAUCAAGUAUAAGAAAUAAGCAGCCAUCUUGACUAUCAACCAGCCAUAACCUGUAAAAGUUAUGGGGUAUUGCAGAUCCUUUUUUGUAUGUCUGAGUGAGAAUGUAAUUCUGUAUUGGUGAAAGAUGUACAAAUUUGUCUUGCUUUGUGAACAGAGCACUCAGCAAGCCGACAUAUUUGUGCACUCCUUACUCGGAAAUCCCUUUAUAUGUUGGAAAAUAGCAUAUACAACGAAGCAAUCCAGAAUCAUACAUCUUGCAUGAAUAUAAAUAACAAUCACAAAUAUUUAUCACAUACAAAGUAUGCUGAAAAUUAACUCAGGAUUACCUCUUGAAGCGUGUGCAGAUAUCUUGAAGUAAAUCCAACUCCAGUUCUAUAGUCUUCUACCGUGAUCCCAAUCAACAACUGAACUCUCUCAAUACUUGGGUGGGCAAGUAUUGUAUAAAAUUCUCUUAUUAAAUCUAGGUUAGAAAAAUCCCUAUUUAUAGAGAUGUCUUCCUAGUCCAAAGAGGAGAGGAAAAACCAAUUCUUUUUAUUUUAGGAGAUGUCUUCCUAGUCCAAAGAAGAGAGGAAAAAUCAAUUCUUUUCCUUUUAGAAUGUCUUCCUAGUCCAAAGAGGAGAGGAAAAACCAA